UGUGGUGCCAAUUUCACGGUGGUGAAAUCUUUGUGAGGGUGGAGACAAACAAUUAUGAAUACAAAAUGGCGGUCCAAUUUUUACUGAAGUUGCUUUCGGAGAAGUCGAUAAUUUACUUGUUUAAAUGAGUCAACAUAAUUGUUGACGAUGAAUAAAACCAUUUCUUUAAGCAAUACAGUCUUCAAGUAUCGUUUCCCGCCAAAUUGGGAAACACAGGAAAUCAAGAGCCUGAAAUCUGUAAAGUUAACUGAUCGCGAUGUCGUCGUUUUUGGGGUGGUAUUUAAGUUGGAUAAACCAAGAAAAACGAGAGGAACAGACAUGAUCUUAAGCUUUUCCCUCGUAGAUCAAUCCUUUCCGGAUGAAUAUCUACCAGUUAGCUGUGUCUGUUUUCAAAAAACUACAGAAGACAUGCCUAGAAUAAACAAAGUGGGUCAGAUUGUAAAAAUGCCAAUGCGUGUAAAUAAAUACGAACUACGGCCUCAAUUACGAACAUACGAUAUUGAGUCACCUUGGUUGGUGUUUGAAAGCGACGAGGAUGUGCCACCAGUCUGUUCAAAGGCUGGUAACCCGACUGUCACGAAAGAUGAUUUAGAUAAAGUCGCAAAAUUAAAAAAUUGGAUGUCGUGUUCGUGGUACUCGUGGUGGUACUACGAAGUUGGCCGUUUUUCAAACAAAGAUGUAGGUCCAACUGAUAUCGUUGCAUCUUCUUCUGAAAUCGUAGAUGACGAAGCAACCUCGAAGACAUCAGAACGAGAUGUCGAAAUGAUUAGGGAGAAAUUAUGCGAUUGUGAUCAGGAGCCAGAAGUAAAGAUUGAAGAUACGGAUAUAUCACUAACUGGAAAAAUUGAUAGAGUGGAUCCUCGUCAUCCUGUUCAAUUUCUCGCAGCGUUCUGUGAUCAUUGCAAAGAGCGUUUUCAAAUGAAAGAACUGUGCAUCAAGAAACUCACUGAAGUGUUUUGCCCUCGAUGUGCUAAACAUUUGUCUCUGUCACUGUUCCUUCACAUUGAGUUUAAAGAUGACUGUGGUGUGGGUUACCAUGUUGUGUUGGCAGACGAAACUGCAAAAAUUUUCACUAAGACUGAUCCCUUUAAGUUACUCACGGAGAAAGACGAACAAGAGCGCUUGAGAAGUUUUCUUGUUUCAAAAGAGAUAAGAAAUAUAAAAUAUGACAUCUGUAUUCGAGAAUGUGGGAAAGUGAAAGGAAAGCCUGUGUACGUUCUACUUAAACUAUCAACACAGCGAAAGGUCGUAGCAACUAAAGUGAUACAGGGGAUAUAUCAUUCACUGGCAAAAUUGCUACUGUGGAUCCUCGUCAUCCUGUUCAAUUUCUCGCAGCGUUCUGUGAUCAUUGCAAAGAGCGUUUUCAAAUGAAAGAACUGUGCAUCAAGAAACUCACUAAAUUGUUUUGCCCUCGAUGUGCUAAACAUUUGUCUCUAUCACUGUUCCUUCACAUUGAGUUUAAAGAUGACUGUGGUGUGGGUUGACUUUUAUACUUUCUUUGUGAUGGUUAAAGACAGUAAAAUAGUAAUAAACAGUUAAUAAUUG